AUGUCACGAAAUAGCAUCGACGCACGAACUCGUGUGGUCAACGGCAACGAGACGCCUCGUGCAAGCUUUGACAAGCCAAAAGGCAAUGGCUCGGCAGUGCUAGACGGCAAUGGUGCAAGCGGAUCAACACUCGAGCAAGUACAGGCAGAGCUGGAAAGAACAAAGCUCGAAAAGGAGACGCUCGAGGGACAGUAUCGUACAUUACUCGAUAGACUGAGCGAUAUGAAAUCGAAGAUUGGAACAAAACUUCAGCAGGAUGCAAACGAGGAUCUUCAGAACACCAUUGCCUCUCUACACUCCGAGCUUACUUCAAGCAAUGCUGAAUCAGAGCGUGUCACAAAGGAGCUCGAUGCGCUGCGCAAUACUCUUCAACAGACGCAACAAGCAUCCUCUCGCGCACAUUCAACCGAACUGAGUGCUUUGACCAGCGAAGCUCAAUCUCUACGUGAUCAAGUCAAAGAGAGUCAAGAGUUACUCGAACGCGCAAGGCUAGAAAAGGAGGAAUGGGAACGGGUCCUCGUAGACGAGAGAGUGCUCUGUGAACGACUCAGAGGGGAUAACUAUAUCCUCAAACGCGAUGCCGAAAAUGAACGAGUGGCACGUCAACGAUUCGAGGCGGAGAGAGACGAGGAAAGGAAGAGGGCCGAUAAUCUGGAGGCUGUCCUCAGUGAAUUCGAAGCAGGUCAAGAAAGGGCAAUCUCAGAACUCAAGGCAACCUACACCGCCCAGAUCGAUUCACUCACUCAAUCCCUCGCCGAGUAUAAAUCACGGGCAUUAAACGCAGAAGUUGAACUCGACUCCAAUCAGACGAGUUCCUCUCGAGUCGCCGAAUUAGAAAAGGAGCUCAAGGAGAAGAGUAUGCUGCUGAACAAGGUCCGACAAGAAGCUGUCACCCUAAAUGAGCAUCUCAUCCAAGCACUACGACGAUUACGCAAGUUUUCUGCGGAUCCCACCUCGACUGGAGCGGGAAGCAAUGGCGCGAAUGUUGGACCGUCCUAUGUGGAUCGUCGGCUUGUCACCAAUGUUUUGCUCCAAUUUAUCACGGCUCCCCGUGCGGAUGCAAAACGAUUCGAAAUGCUGAAUCUCCUUGGUGGCAUCCUUGGAUGGAACGAUGAUGAGCGACGACAAGCCGGUCUUCAGCGCGGCAGCAGUUCAUCGAGUGGUACAAACACUCCAAAAGUGAAACCAAAAAAUAAUGUAGAAGAGGAAAAGGCGGAAGACUCGUUUUCCAAGAUGUGGGUCGAGUUCCUCUUGAAAGAGUCUUCGCAAGGAGCAUCCUCAUCGACUUCACCAGCCGGUCACGGCCACUCGCCCUCAACAGCAUACACCCCCUCCAACUAUGCACCAUCCAGUUAUGCCAAGUCGGCAUACGCACCGUCCAACGCUCCCAAGUCUACUUAUGCGGCAUCAUCUAUUGGAGCACCAAGUCCGACGGAAUCUACAUACAAUCUGCCUCCCCUCCCGUCGCUGCCUGGUGCCGGGGGUAGAAGCACGAGCGGCGCGUAUCGAUUGCCUAGUCUCAGUAGAGGCUUUAGUGGGAAAAGUGACGGUAACCCGUAA